AUGCCCGUAAGAAGGGAACUCGCCGAUAAUGCCACGCGUGGCCCCACUGAUGGAAAUUACGCCGAUGAACUCGACGUUGAUGUCCUGAUUGUGGGUGCCGGCUUCGGCGGUAUCUAUUCUCUGUACGAAAUGCGAAAGCUCGGGCUCAAAGCUGUCAUCUAUGAAGCGGGAAAUGAUAUUGGUGGCACCUGGAGAUGGAACUGUUAUCCCGGCGCGGGUGUGGACUCGGAGGUGCCCGAGUAUCAGUUAUCGAUCCCGGAAACCUGGAAGGACUGGACGUGGUCGACCAAUUAUCCCAACUAUGAGGAUCUGCGCAAGUACUUCGAUCAUGUGGACAAGGUCCUCGAUAUCAAAAAGGACUGUGCAUUCAACAGCGUGGUCGUCGGCGCGCACUUCCAUACAGUGGAAGGCCGCUGGCACAUUCGGACUGCGGAUGGAAGGACUGCACGCGCGAAAUAUUUCAUCAUCGCUGCCGGUUUUGCGGCGAAGCGCUACAUCCCCGAGUGGCCGGGCAUCGAGAAGUUCAAGGGAAUUGUCCACCACUCGUCCUUUUGGCCAGAUGAGAAAAUCGACGUUCGUGGCAAGCGCUGCGCGAUCAUUGGCACUGGCGCCUCUGGUGUGCAAGUGACCCAGGCCUGGGGACCGGAGGCUGGGGAGCUCAAGGUUUUCCAGCGCACGCCAAACCUGGCAGUGCCCAUGCGCAAGCGAUCUCUCACGGUGGAAGAACAAGAGGGCGCCAAGGCGUUCUAUCCCGAACUUUUCAGGUAUCGCGAGAAAUGCUUUGCGGGGUUCCUGUACACCUGGUGUGAGCGUGGUGUAUUUGAAGAUAGCGAAGAGGAGCGAGAACAAUUUUUGGAAAAGCUGUGGAGUGACGGUGGAUUUCGGUAUUGGGUGGCGAAUUAUAAGGACUAUCUAUAUGACGCCAAGGCGAAUCGCGUCGUCUAUGAUUUCUGGAGGAAGAAGGUGCGUGAGCGCAUUAAUGACCCCAAGGACCAAGAGCUCCUGGCACCUUCGGAGCCACCACAUCCUUGGGGAGUGAAGCGCCCUUGCUUGGAAUAUGACUACUAUGAGCAGUUUAACCGGCCCAAUGUGGAUUUGGUUGAUAUCAAAGACAAUAGCAUUGUGGACUUCACGGAAAAGGGCAUCAAGCUGCAAGAUGGAACAGAAUAUGAAUUCGACGUUGUGUGUAUCGCCACUGGAUUUGAUAUCACGACCGGGGGCAUGACCAGCAUGGGACUUCACAGCAUCCAUGGCGAUAGCCUCAAAGAGGAAUGGAAAUCUGGUGCCUUCACCUAUCUUGGCAUGACCGUCAGUGGUUACCCCAAUAUGUUCCAUCUGUACGGGCCGCAUGGCCCAACGUUGCUGAGCAAUGGCCCUACAACAGUUGAGAUCCAAGGGCGGUGGAUUGCAGAUGCCAUCAAGCAGAUGGAGCGUCAAGGUAUUAAGUACAUCAAUCCGACCGCAAAGGCUGCCAAAGAAUGGAAGGCCAAGAUCAAUGAACUUUCGGACAAGACACUCUUCCCUACCACGAAGUCCACCUACAUGGGUGGUAGCAUGCCCGGAAAGGUCUUUGAGCAGGUCAACUACGCCGGAGGGGAGUACCCGUAUUCCAAGGAGAUCCGAGCAGUCCUUCCCAAGUUUAAUGGAUUUGAUAUCGUCAAACGCUGA